AUGAUUAGCGUAGAUAAGAUCAAGGAAAGUUUCCCCAUCCACUGGCACGUAUGGAACAAUGAUUAUCAGGAGCUGCAGCAAGCCAUCAGUGAAAAAACGGUACGUGAUCAUGACUUGGAAUCGCUCGAUCCUCGUGGCCGAACACCCCUAAUGCUAGCGGUGAAGCUGUGCCACCUAGAAUGUGUGAAAGCGCUGCUAUCCGCAAAAUGCAAUGCCAACGUCGAAUGCGAUGGAUGGUCAGUCGUGCAGGAAGCCGUCUGCUCCGGUGAUGCCAACAUUCUGACCGCAAUCCUUGAGGUACGUGAUUUGCAGCGUCACAUCAAGCGUGUGUCGCACGUACCCCAGCUGCUGCAGCAUCUUCAGGAUACUCCAGAUUUUUACAUCGAAAUGAAAUGGGAAUUUACCAGCUGGGUUCCGCUGAUGUCGCGCGUGUGUCCGAGCGACACGUACAAAGUAUACAAGCGGGGUUCAAACGUACGCAUCGAUACGACGCUGCUAGGUUUUGAUAACAACACCUGGCAGCGGGGCAACCGCAGCUACAUCUACAAAGGCCAAUCGAAAACGGCCAGCAUGAUCGAGAUCGAUCACGAUACAGGCGAAGUGUCGGUGGAGCAUAUGCGCAACAUCGAGGAGGAAAACAUCGACGGCAUUCGGCCGAGCCGGGAGGCGGUGAAUCUGCGUCUGCAGGCACCGGUCAUCUGUAACCACAUCGACAUGGACAAGAUCAGCUUCGAGCGCAACAAAUCCGGCUUCUGGGGCUGGCGCAGCGAGAAGGUCGAAUCGAUCAACGGGUACGAGUGUAAGGUGUACGGUGCGAGCAACGUGAAGUUUAUAACGCGCACCCGCAACGAACAUCUCGGCAAUGAGCAGUCACGGGUAAAAAAUUCGCGCACUCCCCUGCAACACUUCCUCGGCAUGACGGAGGAAGAUUACGAUCAUGCCGCGGUGGCAGGAUCGAGUACAAGUGCACUUAGGGAGCAGCAACCUGCCGUCCCGUCGUCCUACAGCCCAGAGGAUGAUCGAUCACCGGAUGGGGCGGAGGGAGAAAGUAGCGGCACACAGGAUACGGCACCUUCGGCCGAAGAGUAUUUCUCCGACAUCGACCUAAACGGGCGGGACGUUGGCAAACCAAAGCGAAUCACUGCCAAAGAGCAAAUGUUUAAGGCAAACAUUUGGCUGAGUGAAGAGUUUCCGAUUAAGCUGCAAGAGCAGGUGUUACCGAUACUGGACCUCAUGUCUACCAUGGCCAGCCCGCACGUUUCGAAACUGAAAGACUUCAUAACGAUGCAGCUUCCAUCUGGAUUCCCUGUCAAAAUCGAAAUUCCACUCUUCCAUGUGCUGAACGCGGUUGUUACGUUUGGGAACGUGUUUGCGAUCGAACAUGCUGUUCCGCACGUCAGUCACAUUCGCGAGAGUGACGACCGGGUAACGUGCGUUAUUGAUGAUGCAUGCUUCGAAGCGCCGAGUGGAUACGGUGUUCGGCGUGGUAUUGCCGACUUCCGGCAACAGCUCACGUUCGAGGAUGAGGAUGAACUGAUGCAGUUCGCCAUUCAGCAGAGUUUGGUGGAUUCAGGCAGUGAGAAUGAUAAGGUCGACAUCUGGGAAGCACUGAAGGCACCGAGACCGCUGACACCCCAAUACUAUGAGGAUGAGCAACUGCAAAGAGCUUUGCAAGAAUCACUGAUAACCGGAUUUCUAAGCAGUAGCACAACGACCGGUACAGCACUACCACCCGCUUUAGCCCUCGACCAUCAAGCGGCACCGGCGGUCGCCGCCGACGAAUCCGACAGCGUUCCCGACUAUCUCGAUCCGAACCUAGAGCUGGCGAUAAAGCUCAGCCAGGAGGAGGAAACACGACGCGCAGAGGAACUACAGCGAGAGGAGGAGAUGUUGGCCGAAGUAUUACGGCUUAGCUUGCAGGAAAAAUAG